AGCCUUUAUAUGUGCAAGGUGUUGAUUGUUAGCUCAAAGUAACGUAUUUACUUGUUUGCAAAAGGUUGAAAGAUUUAUAGUGUAUCUAUACUUUUCUAACAAAUUUUCAAUAAAAUUUCAAUAAAAUUUGGAAAAUUAGGGAAAUCAGUGCAAUAAAAUCUCCUGGUUGAAAAUCACAAUGUGAAAUAAAUUAGAUUCCUGUAUUGUAUCUAAAUUUAAUUUUCAGGGGCACAGAUUAUUUUAUGUUUUUUUAUAUAUAACAUGUGCACAGUGAAUUGUUUAAGUGAUGAUACAGGUGUACAUCAGAUUUUAUUUUGUUAAAACAUUCUCAUUUUUCCGUAUAUGAUAAAAAAGUACUGUUUCCAAACAGGAUCACAAACACUAUCGCCAUGUGUAUGUGAUAAUUCAGUUAAUACCUAUAAUUACCUAUAAUUAAAUUAAUAAAAUAUAAAAAUAAUAUAUAGCUUCAAAUUCACUCUAUUUUUGUAUCUUCUUCUGGGGGCGCUUCAAUUUCCAUGCUGUUGCACAUACCUUAAUUGUAAUCUUUAUUGGUAAGGUCAUUUCCUUUACUUACACACAUAUAUGAACUUUUUAUAUUAUAUCAAUUAACUUGUUUUUAGGGAUAAAGGCUGGAGUACGAUUACAGCGACGAAAAUGGUCAUCUUUCUAUUAUUAGUAUUUGGUUUCUUUUUCGCAAUUUUAAUAUAUUGCAGAACCUAUAGCAGGGAUACUCAUCAGAGAUAUAGUGCUGCUUUCAGUGAUAAUAUAGAUUGCAGAUCAUUACAAUCUAAUUCAAUUUAUGAACCAUCAGUGGACAGACCACCGUCUUAUAAUGCAGCUUGCAGUGCACCUCCUCCUUAUGAAUCGCCAUUGAACAGCGUAUCUAUGUUCGAAGCACCACCAGUUUAUCAAGAAAGUUCGCAACAAUCUAAACGAGUAUCACAUUCGAGUAAUCAAAUAGUUCCGAUCACAAAUUAUAUUUAACACAUUUUGUAGUCACGUAUUUGUAAUCAUGUCUCAUAUCUAAUUUAGUCUCAGUUAAUUAAGAAGGAGCUGAAUUAGUUACAAAUAAGAUAUCUAAAUAAGAUUUUUAUUUCAUGUGAGAGAGAGAGAGAGAGAGAGAGAGAGAGAGAGAGAGCAAUAAAAAUUCUUUUAUUACGAAUCUAUAUCAUUGCAUUUAAUAUUAUUUUUUUAUAUAUAUAUUUUCCAUCUGCUGACAUAUUCGAAACAAACACUGAAAUGUAUUAAAUAAAUAAGCGACAUGUCGAGGGAUAAUGAAAAUCACGUAAAAUUCUCAUGAUUAUAUAAUGAAAAUGUCAUUUAUUUGAUGUGGUGCAAUGACUUAAAGUAAAUGGAAAAAUGAACGUUUAUAUGAGCUGGGUUCGAUGAACAGCAGUCAUGUACUUCGAAAAGCUACCACUGCUGAACUAUUCGUUACAAAAAGCUUCUUUUUUUUCUUCGAGUUUAAAUGCAAUAUACAAUGGAAGUGUAUCAGACAGCAGCGCAGUAGUAGCUAGUGCGACACGAACAUGCUGAUUUUCAUGAUGAGGUAACACUUGUCUUACUUGUACUUAGUUUAUCAAAUUAUCCAGUCAUACGCUCAUGCAGAUUGGUUCAAAAAGAAUUGCAUCUAAUGUUUCUCGAACUGUCGUACGGUAUUAAUAUUUAGUUUUUCGCGUUUUUAGGAAAAAGACAUUCAACAUUACGAGUUUCAUGAGAUAUUUUUUUGUUCGCCGCACAGUCCCAAAGAUAGAACAUGGGUAUUAGAAUGGACGUAGACAAUUUUUUCUUUUCUCUUUUUUUGUUUGACAUCUUUAAAAUCUGAGCGAGCACACAUGGCCAAAAUCUGUUCCUUAAAGCGCUUACAUAUUUCAUUGUUUCCUUUACACUUAUUUUCAUUCCUCCGUUUAGUAGUUUCAUCGACUUAUUCCUUCGUAAGCCUUAAUAACCUACUAUAAUUGAAAUAAACAUCAUGUAAAAAACGGUGGAAAAAUCUUCCCUAACUAUUUUUCCAUAGGAGUUGCUUCUUUUUUUCAUUAUUUUUUUUAAUCUCGACAGAGAUACGUUACGGCGUCACGACAGGCGGUACGGGUAAGUGUAUGUACGUGUCGAGAUCAAAAACGAGAUACACAUAUAUAAU